AUGUCUUCUUCCACCAAGCCCCUCGUAUUGUACGGCUACACGCCCAACCCAAUGAAAGUGGCUAUGAUUCUCGAGGAAUUAGAGAUCCCCUGGGAGAUGAUCAAGAUCGACCUGGCCAAGGUCAAGGAGGAGGCCUAUACCUCCAUCAACCCCAACGGCCGUCUCCCCGCCCUCAAGGAUCCGAACACGGGCAUCACCCUCUGGGAAUCGGGCGCCAUCAUCGAGUACCUCGUCGAUACGUACGACACCGAGAACAAGAUAUCGUACGCUUCGUUCCCGGAGAAGUAUCUGCUGAAGCAGUUUCUGCAUUUUCAGAUGUCUGGCCAGGGCCCAUAUUUUGGCCAGCUUGGAUGGUUCACGUUGUUCCAUCCCGAGAAUAUCCAGAGCGCCAAAGAGCGAUACGAGGAGCAGACCGUUCGCGUCCUUUCCGUCCUUGAUGCUGUCCUCAAGGGGAAGAAGUAUCUCGUCGGAGACAAACCAACAUAUGCCGACAUUGCCUUCAUGCCCUGGGACUACCUCGGCCGUCUCUUGCUCGGCGAUGCCUGGAACGACAAGUACGACAUCGACUCCAAGUACCCUGACUAUACGGCAUGGGCCGAACGAGUCAAGGCCCGACCUGUCAUCAAGAAUGCGCUGGAGACGAUGAAGUCGGAGCGGGCUAAGGAGAGUGGGCAUUAG